CUUAGCAACAGAGGGGACGCGGCUGCUCUAGAGGGAGGAACAGCUGCGGACUUGAAGUUGUGCUGAGGAGCUGACUAUGUCGAAGUUAAGUAAAAAGAAGGAGUUGGUGAGAAGCAACAACGUCCUGCCAACCAGCAUUGCCUCCAAAGACCUUUGGUAUCUUACUGGAUCAGCCUCUGUUCUAAGUCCUUCAACAGUUUCAGCUGAAGCAAAGAAGGGAAGAUUUCCUAUCUGGCCAGAAUGGAAUGAAAUGGACAUAAAUAUGGAAAAGUGGGAUGCAGGGAAAGGUGGAAAGGAAAAAGAUAAAACUGGAAGAAGUCCCAUUUUACAUGUCUUUGAAGACCCAGAAGGAAAGAUUGAAUUAUCACCUUCUUUAAAAGUGAGUUCUUGGAGACGACCACAAGAAUUUUUAAUCAAUAAGGUUCCUGUGAUAGUGAAGAAUGAAACUUGGUUUGACCUCUUUUCAGCCAAUGAACAUUUAAUGGACAGUGAGGUACGUGAAUAA